AUGAAUAGUAAUCCAGAAGUAGUGAGGCUUUGUAAUAAUAAUCGAAGACAUAUGGCUCAUACACAUUGUGUGAAUAGAUGGUAUAAUAGAGAUGGUGUUGACACGCGUUGUGUUAUAUGUGGUUUAAAUUUGGUUUUACCAUAUGUUCGAGUAAAUAGAAAUCGAAUAUUACGAUAUGAUAGAGAAAGACAAAAUCGUAGAUUGAAUAUUGUGAGACGUGGAAUUGAAUGUAUGGAAAUAGCAGCACAGAGAAGACAAGAAAGAAUAGCAGCGAAACAAAUAGAUUUAUAUAAUAUUCCACAAUUAGAUAGGGAUAGAAAAGUAAUUGAUAAUCAAUUAGAUGCGCAACAGAUAAAUUUAGAUAAUAAUCAAAAUAGGUGGCGAGGAAGAUUACGAGUUGUAGAUAUGUUUGGAAAUGUGAUAAGAAGAACCGGAAAAAUGUUAAAUAAUUUACGUAGUGUUUCUGGCGUUAAAAAUAUUUUCCAAUCAAAUGAAUUUGAUAAAAUUAAUAAACAAGAAUUAUUAACAUUAGAGAAAAUAAUCGGAAAAACAUGUAAAGAGAUUAUGGUUAUCGAUCUGCGUGGAAGUUCU